AUGGCGGCAUCUACCGACACAGAUCGAUCUAUCAUUCCAUCACUUCCCUUGGAUUGCAUAGUUGAAAUCUUGGGGCACAUUCAAGAUGAUUCGAUGGCUACGACAUUGCUUUAUUCAUACCUUCAGACGAGUCGUCAGUGGGCGAAACUUGUUGUGCCAAUGCUUUGGAGGUGCCCCUUUAGACACAAUGUCAGCAGUAGAAAAUCUUCAUACAUCAUUCGAACAAUGGUAUCUUGCUUAGCAGACGAGGAGAAACGCCAAUGGGUCGAUCAUGGAUUCAUCAUACCAACGAAUCAACAAAAACCCUUAUUUAAUUAUCCAUCGUACAUUCGAACUUUGGAUACCAAUUCUUUGCAAGCGUCAGUUUCGCAGUGGUUAAAGAUAUUCCAUAAUAUUGUGGUACCACACGAAACGGACAAACUUGGUGUCGCAAUUAAUCUUAUCGGUCAAUUGAUCAUCGGCAAUUCUAGAGGAUUGGAAUCUCUCCGAUGGGAUCAUGAUUUUAAAUAUAAAAACAAAGUUGAAGAAUUUCGAAUCACACCGAUUUUGCCAAACAUAAGUUCCUACGCCGGAAUUGAAACAGCUUUGUCCAGUCUCACAAGGUUUGAAACCCAAUGCUGGGAUGGACUCGAUGAGAUUUCGGGAGACAUUUUGACAUCUGAUAUCAACAGUAUAUCUCGUUAUUCGCGUAAUAUUCAACAUAUAGAAAUUGAUGUUUAUUUGAGACUUUCCGAUUACAAACCACUUUGUCAAGCAUUUUCCAAGCUCAUCGAAGUUCAAGCAUCCCUUCGCACAAUUGGAUUAUCAGAAUGGUGGGAUCAUUCGCAAAUGACCUCGGUUUAUACAUCUAUUCAAAGUCAGGCACAUUCAUUAAAAUCUUUUCACACCAACAAUCUGCGAUAUGUUCGAAAACUAUUACCGGUGUUUAGCGCUUGCGUGAAUCUUGUGAAUUUGAGUAUCACCAACUUUUACGAGAUUGAAGAUGUUACAUCUCUUAUCGAAAAUAUCGCAUCUCUACCACCAAUCCAUGUCAAACAUCUCACAGCCAAUUAUAAAGUACAUUUCGAAUGUUAUCAACAACACUUUUCAUCUUUAGUUCAACUCUUGAUUCGUUUAUCAAACCAAAAGUUAAGGUCUUUAAGCCUAGGGUACAUCGACUCGAAGAUUAUUGAAACCAUUAAUCAAUCUUGCCCCAAAAUUUCUUUUCUUUCCUCACACCUCUACACGGAAGAUUUUCCACAUCUUUGUAAAAACCUUCAAGGCAUGACGUCAUUAGAACAACUGAUCUUGGUGAUUAAAUCGUGCACUUUUGAUGACAUGUUACAGUUGGCGUCAGCCUUACCAGUUAAUCUGAGACACCUGGGAAUUAGGAUUUCAACUGCGCCCAUUAUGAUAGGUACUUUGUUGAAAAACAUGGUAAUAUCAAUUGAGACAUUGGACAUAUAUGACAAGGUCGAUGUAGGAUUAGCGAAGAUUAUUGUCGAAUUUGCAGAGAAGAGUGGAGGAUUGCGAAAACUAGGAAUUAAGAAUAGGGAUACAAUGUACGAUGAGAAUAUAUUCACAGAGGAAAUUGGUGAGAGAGCGGAUAAAGUUAUUGGACUCAUUGGAGAACCAAGCGGCACGAUUUUGCGAGAUGGAACGAUUUUACAUCGGAGAUAA